UGUGUGUGGAGAGGGGGGGAAGAAAGGAUGUGGGUAGAGUGAAAGCCAAGGGGAAGGGCAUUCACUCCUGUCCGAACGUGUGUUUGUAUAUAUACACCCCGUGCCUGCUAGCUGGGAGCAAACCUGUCUGGACUGAGACAGCUCUAAGGGAACAGAAGGAGUUCUCCCUGAUUUUGAACAUUUCAACCGAUUGGAUUUUGGAUUCUUAACAAAAAAAUCAAACUAAAAAAAAAAAAUCAGUCCCCAAACCCAACAGAAACUACUUUCAACCAUUCUUAGUAGACUGAAGUUUCUCUUUGGGACUUGGGGUACUAGGGUUCCAAGUGGUAGCUGCUGGAUGAGAAGUGAGUCCUAGUAAGUUGAACCUGCUGGCUUAGAGAUCUAGAACUCUUUGGUUCUUCUCCAGAGAAAAGAGUAAGGUCCAGAGAACUGCAAGACCCAAAACCUUAAAUUUAUCUCUGGGUGUUCUUCGGGCACCUGGCACAUUUCCUCUGCCAUUAGGCCUUCCUUGUCUCUCGGGUCUGAUCUCCUUCAAGCCAUGAUGGCCAUUUCUGUCCCUCUUGGAUGCAAAAGCAGCCUCCUCUUUCUCAUCAGCCUUGCUUUCUGGGCUGCCUUGCUCCACACAGCUCCUGCUCUCCCGCUGCCAAAUUCCAAUCCCAUCUACCAAUUUGAUGGGCAGGUCCGGCUUCGGCACCUCUACACAGCGGACGAGCAAACACACCUCCACUUGGAGAUCUUGUCAGAUGGCACAGUGCAUGGAUCCAGGUUUCAGAAUCCCUUCAGUUUGAUGGAGAUCAAAGCUGUGAAGCCAGGAAUCAUUCGCAUGCAGGCCAAAAAGACCUCUAGAUUUCUCUGCAUGAAGCCCAAUGGACGUCUCUAUGGCUCACUGUUCUACUCUGAGGAGGCGUGCAACUUCCGUGAGAUGAUUCUCCGUGAUGGCUACAACCUCUAUUAUUCUGAAAGCUACAAUAUUCCUAUCAGUCUCAGCUCAACGGGGAACCUGGGCCAGAGCCGUCAGUUGCCUCCCUUCUCCCAGUUCCUGCCAUUAGUCAACAAAAUCCCCCUUGAACCCGUGUUUGUGGACUACGACUUCUAUGAACAGCAAUUGGAUGUUGAGUCGGCUGACCCUCUGAGCAUCUUAGGCCAAAACCCUGGUUUCAUGAGCCCAAGCUAUGUCUUCUGAUAAACUUGGACUCCGGAUUUUGGGAGGUCUUAUGAGUAGAACUUUUGCCAGACUUGGAGUUCUGGGUUUUCCUGUCAUAAAUACAAUGAAGCACUUCAGUUUGAGGGAGAACAGGAGAAGAAAGAGGACACUGCAUUUGGUAGAAAGACACUGUAAUGUGACUAUCUUCAUGUUGUAUCCUCAACUCCAGCAUCCCAAAACUGCCAUAGCUGCAUCCUAGUGGUGUUGCAAACAGAUGUAUAAUUUAUGUGUUUCUAUGACACAUGCAGAAUGUCAAGCAGCAGAGACAAAUUUUGGGAGGGUGUGCGUGUUGGAUGGACAUUUGCUUGCUUUUCUUAUGCUGUUGUUAUUCAUCUUUCCAGCUUGAGUUCUUUCCCCUCUAUUUAAAUGACUUAUUUAUUAUAUAUCAAAUUUAUUUAUUGAGGGAUGCAGAACAGAUAGGCAUAAUAAGAUUUUUUUUUGCUGACAAAUAAUUUAUAUAUUGCUAUUUAUAAAAACAUAUGUAUAUUAUAUUUCUCCAUAUUUAUUUCCCUUCCUGGAGAGGGAAUGGCUGUUGAAAUCUGUUCUGCUGAUAUGUUUGUAAUGAUCUUGUGCCUUAGAUUUUCUUCACUGGUGCUUUCAUCCUUUUCCUCUUCAGUGAAUAUUUGAGGAGGAGGAAAGUGGUGGCAAUGCAGCAGUGAGGUUUUGUAGGUCUGAAGAGACCACAACAGUCAAUAAUAGCAUUUUGAGCCCUGUUUAUUCUCAUCUUCUCUGCGGCUGCUCAUGUUUGCAGAGAUUAAGUAUUUGUACCAUGCUUGUUUUAUAAGCAAUAGAUAAAACAUAAGAAGCAGCUGACAAGCUUGUAAAGCAGUUUGAUUUUGAAUGGGCUCCCAGUUGAAGUUACCUCAAAGCAGAGAUGGAGAACUUGUUGCCUUCAAGUUGUCAUUUGACUAUAGUUUCUAUUAUCCCCUGUUGAUGCCUGUGCUGGCUACAACUGCUGGGAGUUUCAGUCCAACAAGAUCUGGAGGGUCUCAGGAGGAGUAUCUUCCUCUCAUCCCGAAUAAAAAUACUAUUAUCCCAGCUGCACUUCAUCUAUGAAACAGUUUAAGGGAAGGGCACUCAAUGCCGAUCAUUUUUAUUUAUUUAUUUAUGUAUUUAUAUGCUGUAUUGUUGUUUUUUCAUGGAAGUGCUGUAUUUUCCAGCACUAGUGUUUUAUGGACAAAUGUGUUACGCCAGCACUCUGAUUUCAAGUACUGUGACAGCACUGUGUUUUCCCAGCAUAACUGCUCAACUUUGUUUUAAAUAUCAUCUUGUUUUCUGUAUUUAUUAUCUAGUUCUUUGUGCUUUCCUGUUGAACAGUGCCUCAAAUAUAAGAAUGGACAAAGUGUAGCGUAUGUACUUUAAAAAGAUGAAUAAAGCAUUGAUUUAAAAAAUAUG